GAUUGCGCAAGCCUAGUAUCACAUUCUCUUUUCUAAGAACCAUUUCUUUGUUCAUAUAUAACGAGUUUGUGACAAAAAUGUUUGCCAUACUUAUUAAGUUUAUAGACAACUGGGAGAGUUAACCUGUUUUGCACCAAACGUAUUUGCGACGUAAUAAGAGUGUUUGUACAUCGUAAACAACGUUAUGCAUUCAUUGCCACGGAAGCUAGUUGGACUGAGAGCCUUAUUUUUAGGAAUCGUCUUUGAUCCGUUCAGGCCCAAAUGGACAAUUUCCUAGGGACCGUUAGCGAACUUUUCACACCCAACACCCACUGCCGUUUAGCUUGGAAAGGGGCGAUCUCACAGGCAACCAUCUAAAUGUUAUAAAAAAGCAGAGAAAAGUGGGCAUUGCCACGGCUGCGCAUUUUCAAAUGGAUUUUAUAUCUCCCAAGGCUGCAAGUGAAAGUUGACAUUGUACCUGAAUCCAAUACAAAUCGCCGAAUACAACACUUUGCAAUUGCAGAAGACUGCACAAGUAUACAUUUGGGCAUUUAAAAAGGUCCUAUGGAUCAGAGCUGCAGUAGUAGUGGCUCUGGCACCUCCGCUGGCUCGGUGGUGGAGGUGAGCUUCCCCAGCGUGAGGACAGCUGUGUUGGACAGCCUGAACCGGCAGCGUGAGGAGGGCCGGCUGUGCGACCUGUCCAUCCAGGUGCAGGGGCAGGUCUUCCGGGCCCAUCGCUGCGUGAUGGCUGCCUCAUCGCCGUACUUUCAUGACCAGGUGCUGCUGAAAAACGUGACGACCGUCUCCCUGCCCUCAGUCAUGGACCCCCUGGUCUUUGAAAGCGUCCUGAGCUCUGCCUACACGGGCCACCUGAGCAUUGUGCGCGACGACAUCGUCAACUACGUCACCGUGGCCAGCUUCCUGCAGAUGUGGCACAUCGUGGACAAGUGCACAGAAAUCCUAAAGAGGCCCCGGGCACUAGGGGGCGCUCAGAGUCACGGCGGCAACACUCAUAAUGCCCCAUCCAGGCAGCAGUCCCCCAGCAGCACUGACUGCCUCUACACUGAGAGGGAGCGUGAGAGGGAGAGGCAGCGGGGUGUGGAGGCCAAGGAGAGAGAGACUAGGGACCGGGGGCAGGUUGGUCCUGCCACACUUGAGAAGAGGCCACCUUGUCCAGACCAAGGCUCUCUGCCACCCUUGGCAAGCUGGAGGCAUCCUCAGCAGUUCUCCAGGUGGAACCGACCUCGGCCGGCAGCUCAGGUUCUGCCUCCACAGUCAUCUGCUGACUCUCAGCUUGACCCCAAUCCAAGCGUGGAGAGUGACUACUCCAGCUGCGAAGAGCUCUGGAUGUCGGCGAACAGCAAAGCCAGCCCUCGGGGUUAUGACGGCGGCAGCGCUUUCAGAGCCGCUUUUGACAACGUUAACAGCAGGCCUGGUGCACACGCUGUGCUCGGCUACAUCAGCGACGCCGGCAGGCUGAGGCCGAGGGCCCGACCCAAGGGGACGCAGCAGAGCUGCUCCGUGGAGGAUUUCCAGAAAUUCGGGGGAAGAGGGGUGGAGAGACGUGGUGUGGAUGGUGCACAGGGCUUUGGGGAGGUAGAUGGAGAUCUUCAAGGAAAGAAGAAUGGAGAGAGAGGAACAGAACCAGAUGAAGGGAUGGGAGAAGUUGUGGAGGAGGGAGAGGAGGAGGAGAUGGAUGGAGCAGAGAGAACAGGACAGUCUGCAGACUACCCCACAAGUGUGUACCAGGGAGAAGAGGGAGAGCAACUGGAUAAAGGAGACAAUCCUGAGGCUGCGUCCAAGGAUGGGGGGGAGCUUGAGAAGGAGUCAGACGUCAGCUCCCUUCGUGGUGUUGAAAGCAACGGUGCAGGCCCUGGUCCUGCUUGUCCAGGACCUGCUCCUCCUGCUCGCAUGCAGUGGCAGGCAAGUCCCUGGUUGCAGCAGGGUAGCAGGCCAAUGGAGGGAGAGGAGGAUUAUAGAAGAGAGGAGGAGGAAGAUGAGGAAGAAGAGGAAGAGGUUGAUUUUGGGCGUUUUGCAGAUGAAGGCAGCGUGCCCUUUGGUGGGGACACUUAUGAUGAAAUUGAAGAUGGAACCGGACAGGUUUCCCAGAGGCCAUUAGUGCCUGCAUCCCCUUCUGAUGACAACGAAUAUCACUUGGGGCCCCCGGAGUUAGGUUGGCCCCCUCUGAACAUCACCACCCAGGGCCAAGGAGGUGCAACUGCUCCUGGGAAUAGCCGCCACAUCCCUCCUUCCUCUGCUCCGUUUCCCCCUUCCUCCUCUCCUCCCAUCCCAUCCUCCUCCUCCUCUUCCUCCUCCCUUUCCAUUGCAGGCACCUCCUACUCAGGCAAGGUACAUUUCUGUCACUGCGGCAAGGCCUACACGCUGAAGAGCAUGCGCGACCGGCACGUCAAGAUGCAGCACCUGAACCUGCGUCCUUUCGCCUGCCCUGUAUGCGCCAAGACCUUCAAGAUGAAGCAUCACCUCACCAAGCACCUCAAAACUCAUGGUGGCCUGAGGCCCUACGAAUGUGGACUCUGUGGAAAGAAGGUAAUCUGGAGGGACAGCUUCCUACGUCACCAGGCGCGCUGCGAGAGGCUAGCCGCGGCCGGCAUGCCCCCCAGCUAUGACGGCAGCACCGGCGUUAGCAACUUAAACGCGACUGACAUCGACGAAGGCUACAGCUACAAUUUUGAUGAAGGGGAGGGCUUCUUGUCAGAGGGCAGCCAGGUGAAGGUGGAGGAGUCCGAUUUUCAGGGGGAGGCGGGGACUGCAAUUGGCGGUUUGCUGGGGGGUGUGUCCUCGGAUGGGGCGGAGUUGACGGCUCAGUCUAGGACGUUAAUGAGUGGCCAGGAAUUAAAAGAGGAAGAAUCAGAGAGGUACAGCUGAUUAAAAAUCGGAG